AUGGACGCCAUCAAAUCCACAAUCGCGGAGAACAUGGGCGGCAUCGCGCACAAACUCGCCGACGCCAAAGACCAGUUCGACAUCAACAAAGACGUUCCCGACCAGACGGGCAAAGUAGCCCUGAUUACCGGCGGCAGUGAGGGAAUCGGCUUCGCGACGGCGUACACACUGCUCAAAUCCAACAUCUCCAGAGUGUUCAUCGUCUCCGUAUCCGAGGACGUAAUCGACAAGGCAGUCGAAGAGGUCAAGACGAAUCUCGGGGCCGAAUACUCGUCCAAAAUCACCUGGCUCCAAUGCGACAUGUCCGACAUAGUCGCUGUGGCCGGAGUGGCCAAGCAGGUCCGCGAGCAAACCGACCGACUUGACAUUCUCUGUCUCAACGCGGCGCGAGGAAUCAUGACGUACCAGCUGACGGACUCCGGCAUCGACAGGCACAUGGCCAUCAACCACAUCGCGAACGUUACGCUGACGUCGCACCUUCUGCCUUUGCUCAAGCAGACCAGCGGCGGGGGUCCAGUGCGGAUUCAGAUUCAAGCGUCCAACACGCACCAGAUAUCACCCAAAGACACCAAGUUUGCCAGCCUGGACGAACUCAACACCGACCUCGGCCCACAGGUUCAGUAUGGCCGUUCGAAACUCGCGGCGCUUCUAUACGCUCGAUACCUGGACGCGCAUCUGCACAAGGAACACCCCAACAUCCUCAUCAACGCGACGCAUCCUGGCUUCGUGGAGACCAAGAUGUCGGUCGACGACAUUCACGAGCCGUACCCGAAGGCCGGGUACGCCAUGUCAACAGCCAUGAAGCCCUUCAAGAAGGACAUCUGGAUGGGGUGCGUGAGUACGGUGUACGCGGCGACGGCGACGACAAAGUCAGGAGAGUACAUCUGUCCGCCCGCUAUUGCAGAGCCGGGGAGCGAGUUGGCCCAAGACGCGCAGUUGGGUGAGCAGCUCAUGAAGCUGACGAGGGACAUUGUGAGGGAAAAGUUUGCGAGCGAGAGUGUAGAGAAAGGGUGUCCCUUGAAGGAUUAUUAG